CACUUCCAGGAGGUCUGAAGGAAAACUGUUCACCGGACGAAACGAUCAUUCCCAUUACAGAGCUGAACACAAAGACAAUGGUCUUUCUUUCCCACUUAGAAAAACUUUAGCCAAACUUAACUACCGGGUAUAAAAGCGCAGUUGUAUUUUCUGGAGUGCUUUGUAGUGCAUGGAUAUAAUUUGAAGUUAGUAUAGAACCGAGAUAUUAUCUCUCCUGAUACUCCGAAGUCACUAUUCGGGACAUAUAAAACGUUUGCAGAGCGAUCUGGUAAAACGCUUUUCAAACGCCUCUUACAUCUACGAGAAUAUGAGCAUGAAAUUACAGUUUCUUUCUCCCCCUUUUUAAUCGCCUCUUCGGUCCUGCCUUCUAACUCUUUUUCCCGAAGGGAACGAACCAUUCUAAGGGCGGGAGGGGUAUCUGGCUUGCUUCUUCUGUUGGAAAACGAAGGUGGGGUACCCUAAUGGGCGGGACUGAUUGUUGCUUCGGUUAAGCUUGGGGGAGGAGAAGGAGGGGGCUGGAUCCUGUCCGGCUCGGAAGGAAAGACUCCGCUUAAGCAAGCGACGGGAAACGCGUUUCUGGAGUGGCUGGAGAGAGAAGGAUGCACAACAAGCUCGACGACGAAGAGUUCCGCACAUGUCUGCUGCCGGAUUGCUUAGAUUAGGUUUCCAAGCUUUCGGAUUAAAAUGGGACAGCCAGUGUUUGAAAACCGAAGUACUGCUGACUUGGUAUAACUGUUCCCUGCCGCUGGGAAUAAUGUGCUAAGCAAAAGAUUUGGCUGGGUCCCCUGGAACUGAGAAGAUUAGCACUUGCCUUGAGAGAGAUUCUAUGAAAACACAAUCAAGCAAUUUUAUUUCACCCAGGUGCCAGAAUUUAUCUGUUUUCAUCUAAUUUGGCUGUAAUAAUCCCUCUUUUGGCGAAUAGCAACAUGAUGUCAAAUAGAAAUAAUCUUGCUUACCACAGUCUUGGAACAGAUUCCAACAAGAUGUUGGAAGAAUAUGGCCAUAUGCAAAACCAGGUGGAAUUACAAAAUACCAGUUUAGGAAAAGAGGUAGUUGUGAAUUCUCUUGAAACUGAUCUUCAGCAUAUAAUGGACAAACUCAGCCAAAAAAAAUACUCAUCCAGUCUGAAAUUAAAAACAAAUGAAGACUAUUCUGGUUCUUAUUUAACUCUCUCCCAGCCUCUGGCACCUAAACUGAGUCCUGCAUCCAGUGUUAAAAGUAUGCCAUCUGUUUCCAAAAUUCAGGGAAUCAAACCUUUGGCUUGUGAGAACUCUUAUCUUUCGGACAAAAAUGCUUCUCUAAAGCAUAUGGGCCCCAUUUCAGGCACAUUCUCAUCGUUAAGUGGGUGCAGCCUUGGAAAGAAAGACUUUGAUAUUUAUGCUACCAGGGAAAAUGAAAAACAGUUUGGACCUCUGAGUAGAUUUCCCUAUUCAAAGUUCAGUCAGAAGAAUAAAUCUCAUGAUAGUGUCUAUUUCCCAGGAGCACUGGACGGGUGGAAAAACUCUGGAUCUCUUCUUACAAUGUGGAAUGGGAAUUCAGGAAAUGAUAUCAUUAUUUCACCAUUCGGCAGCUCUGGAGCUGCCAGUAUGCCCUCUAGUCCAAAACAAAGCAGGAAAAUGAAUAUAAAUGACAUGAUGUCCGUUCAGGCUAGGUCAGCUAAACAAAAGGAUUCAGCAAUGGAAGCUCUGGGGCCCAGAACCAGAAAACAUCCGAGUGGUUCAUUGAGCCACAUGGGAGUUUAUAGUCGGUCAUUGCCCAGGCUUCAUAAAUCAACAGAAAGCCAACUCACACCACUGAGUUUACCACCAAGAAACUCUUUUGGGAAUUCCAAAAGAAAGAAGACUAUUGAAAAAGACUUUCUACCUCAGAAUAUACUGGAUCCUGACAAUUACCUUCAUUUUUCUUCUUGCACUUCAGGAAUAUUGCCAUAUUCAAACUUUGCACCUGAAGUGAAUUCCUAUGUAAAUUCAACUCUCAGUGUUCCUGCAAGCCCCCGGGUAGCUAGGAAAAUGCUUCUGGCAUCUACUUCCUCAUGUGCAUCUGAUGACUUUGAUAAAGUUGGAUUGUCAGGAACAAGCCCUAGUAAUUCAUUUAUUCCCUUUGAUGCUGAGAGAGGGUUUCCAGCAAGAAGAAGGAUUUCCAAUGGCUCCAUGGAGUUUGAUGAAACAGAUUUGGAAAGCCAUAGGCAGACUCCUUCCAUUCGAGAAAGAAAGAGCAGUAUUAGUUCUGUUUCUGGAAGAGAAGACCUAAUGGACUACCACAGGAGGCAAAGAGAAGAAAGGCUGAAAGAACAGGAAAUGGAGAGACUGGAGCGUCAGAGGCUAGAGACCAUUCUUAAUCUGUGUGCAGAAUAUUCCAAGCCUGACAAUGAACCUGCCACAAUCACUACUGUAGCUGAUGUUCAGAAAAUUAAUAAAGAACUUGAAAAACUCCAGUUGUCUGAUGAAGAUUCUGUCUUUGAAGAUUCUCAGAUAAUAGUAGACUCAAGAUUCAGAGAUCAUUUGCAGAUUCCAGCUGAAGAUUCUGAUUUCUCUGAAUUCAGUGAUCUUGGACAAAAUUCUAUGGGUUUCUUUUCCUCAAGAGGAAUCAGAACGAAUAAGCAUUUAAAUGGCAACAGGACGAGUUCACCUUUAUCUUCUGCUUUCCUGAAGGAUGUCACUGAAUCUCCCUAUCUAAGCAUUAUGUCAAAGUCACCAGAAUGUAUAAGCAAUGAACAAGUAACAUCAGAAUUUAAUCAAAUGGAAGAACAGCGCAUUAUAAUACUAAAUAACCUGGAAGAACUUGAACAAAAGAUCAAAGACUUAAAUGAUCAGAUGGAUGAAUCCUCCAGAGAGACGGAUAUGGAAUGUGCCCUGUUGGAAGCAGAGCAGAAAUCUGAAACAGCUGAACUGCUCAAGGAGAAGGAAAUAGUAGAUCAUUUGAACAGGAAGAUAGCAGAGUUGGAGAGAAAUGUCAUUGGUGAAAAGGCCAAGGAAAAAAUAAAGCUUGAUGCUGAGAGGGAAAAACUAGAAAAGCUUCAGGAGCUUUACUCCGAGCAGAAGACUCAGCUUGAUAAUUGCCCCGAGUCCAUGAGGGAACAAUUACAGCAGCAGCUUAACAGGGAUGCAGACUUGUUGGAGGUAGAAAGCAAACAUUUUGAAGAUUUGGAAUUUCAGCAGCUUGAAAAUGAAAGCAGAUUAGAUGAAGAAAAGGAGAAUUUAACCCAACAGCUUCUGCGUGAAGUUGCUGAAUAUCAACGUAACAUUGUCAGUAGAAAGGAAAAGGUUUCUGCUCUCAAAAAACAAGCAAAUCACAUUGUACAACAAGCACAAAGAGAACAAGAUCAUUUUGUGAAAGAAAAAAACAAUUUAGUAAUGAUGUUGCAGAGGGAGAAAGAAAAUCUUUGCAAUCUAGAAAAGAAGUAUUCCUCACUAUCAGGAGGUAAAGGAUUUCCUCUGAGUCCCAGCAGUCUAAAAGAGGAUUUUGUGAAUGUAAAUGACAUUAGUGACCCGCAUGGCAAUUCCACGAAUAUCUCCCCUUCCACUCAGCCCCCCUCUGCUGCUGCUGCUGCUCCCACUGAACUUUCCACAGCUGGCCUGAUAAGCCAGUCACAAAAUAAAGAGCUAAGAUCACCUUUCUGUUAUGGAUCUGUGAUUCCUCACUCUCUCUCUCCUCGCCCUCUUGCACAACUCUCAUCAGCCGACUGGCCUGAGGUCAGGGCUGCCAAUGUAGAGUCUUUUCCUUUACCUGAUACACCACCACCUCUACCAGCUAAGAAACACCGAAGGGAACCCCAGCAUUUCCGAAAUUUGGAAGAGAGAAAGAAGCAGCAUAAAGAAGGCAUGUACAUGAGUGAUACUUUGCCCCGCAAGAAGACAGCUCCUCCCAUAUCACCUCAUUUCAAUAGUUCUACUCUUGGACGAAGUGUUAAGGGUCACCUGCCACUUGGACAAAGCAGUAGUUGUGGCAAUAUAAUUCCUCAUUGUUCAGGAUCUAUGACCAAGGAUUUGGAGUCAAGGAGAACACGUAAAGGUAAAAGCAAAAAAGGUUAUAACCAUCAGCAUCUCCAUGAAGAUCAAAGCCAGAAGUCUCCUGAAUUCUAUAGCAGAACUGCCUCAGAAUCAAAUAUGUAUCUGAAUACCUUUCAUUAUCCUAAUUCUAACCUGAAAGACCACACCUUUGACACCCUUAGUUUAGAUAGCUCGGACAGCAUGGAGACAAGUAUAUCUGCCUGUUCCCCAGAUAAUAUUUCCAGUGCCAGCACUGCAAAUGUGGCAAGAAUAGAAGAGAUGGAAAGACUUUUAAAACAAGCUCAUGCUGAGAAGACACGAUUACUUGAAUCCAGGGAACGAGAAAUGGAAGCCAAAAAAAAGGCACUAGAAGAAGAAAAGUGUCGCAGAGAACAGUUAGAAAAAAGGUUACAAGAAGAAACUAGUCAGCGACAAAAACUAAUUGAAAAAGAAGUUAAGAUACGUGAAAAACAGAGAAGCCAGUCUCGUCCCCUGACCCGUUAUUUGCCAGUCAGAAAGGAGGAUUUUGAUCUGCGUGGCCACAUAGAGGCAGCUGGCCAUAAUGUAGAGACUUGUUACCAUGUCUCACUCACUGAGAAGACUUGCCGAGGCUUUCUUGUUAAGAUGGGAGGGAAAAUUAAAACAUGGAAAAAACGAUGGUUUGUGUUUGAUAGAAACAAGAGAACAUUUUCUUAUUAUGCAGACAAACAUGAAACUAAAUUAAAAGGAGUAAUUUAUUUCCAAGCCAUUGAAGAAGUAUAUUACGAUCAUUUAAAGAAUGCUUGCAAGAGUCCUAAUCCAUUGCUUACCUUCAGCGUUAAAACUCAUGACAGAAUAUAUUACAUGGUGGCCCCAUCACCAGAAGCUAUGCGAAUAUGGAUGGAUGUAAUAGUUACAGGAGCAGAAGGUUACACACACUUCAUGUUGUAGUUAAAUGUAGUGCAAAGUUUCAACAAUAGGGCAUAAUGCAAUAAUAGCUGUGUUUGUGAGGGUGGAAAGCCAUAUAUGGUCAUAUUUGACAAGUCACAUGUAUAAAAUUCUAUCAGUAGACCUAAUCUUAUAUUUCAAAAGGAAAUACAUCAUAUGUAAGGGAGCAUGAAAUUAGGUUCAUUUGUUUUUGAUAUAAUAGACAAAAAAAACCCUCUACUUAAAAGAUAAAUAACCCUCCAAAAAUGAAUAACUGGAUAGCCAUAAGCCAAUUUCUGUGGCAUUUUUUUUUACAAAUUCUACCAUGCAGAACUUUCCUUAUGGAAUAAAUGUCAUUACGUUACCAGUGUUGCUAUAGUAUUUUGUAUUAAGAAGUGAAAACAAAAGAUAUGAUGCUUCAAUAUUUAAUGUACAGGGUAUAUGAACAAUUUUAUGUUCUUUUCCUUAUAAGUAUUUUAUAGCAAAUUUAAACUACUGUUUGCGGUGUUUUUAUCUUAAAACACAACCAAAGAUUUAUACAGUGUGUUGAGAUUUAAUUUUAUGUAAUAGAACAGUUUUAAAAUUCUUUUUUAUAUGCUAGUGUUUUAAAAUCUUUCUAUCUGUAUCUUCGAAAUGCUGGUUGUUAGCUUGAAUGUUAACAAAAAUGAUAUCUUUAGAUAUUUUAGCUUUCUUUUUAGAAGAUAGAAUCAGAUAAAAAACUAUAGUGAGCAAUCAUGUCUUCAUUUCUACUGAGGCUGUUGCUUAUUUUCUUAGCAAAUUACAACCUCUUCACAAGAGUUCACCAGUUACAGUUUAGUAGAAUUAAGAACCAUAAUUUAAAAAAUCAUAACCUUGUAAGGACUUCCCCAAAUAACAUGAUUUUUGUGCAUAAAAUUACAAGUCUUUGGAAAUUAUAUUCACAACUUUUCCAUAUAAAAUAAAUAUUUUAAUGUAGUUGAAUAUUUUCCCAGUCUAAGUUGGCUUCUAAAUUAAUGUGAAGAAUUUCUUAAAGACAUAGUGUACUUAAGAUCAGUCAUGAAGAAAAGUCUUCAGUUUUUUUCUGAAUUAUUUUUCCAUCUUUUUGGCACAGAGACAUAUUUUGCAGCUAGUUUGAUAGGUGUCUGAAUAGAAGCCAUGAAAACUUAUUUUGCAUCAUAAACAAAAUAGCAACAAUUCCAUUACACAUUCAUUUUAGCGCUAUGCUUCAGAUUUCAUAUUCUAGAUCACUCUUUAUGGUGUUAACAUAGAAAAAUGGUUUCACAAAUGUACUGAGGAAACUAUCACAGCAUUUCACUUGCAGUGAAUCCUUCUUUCUGUUUCUUACGGGGUCUGAAGAAAUGAUAUGGGGACCACAAUUCAAUAACAGAGUAAAUGCAUUAUGCAGAUACUUCCAGGAUCAGGAUCAGGCACCUCUGAUCAAAAAAUUAUUUAGUACUGAUCAUAAGAAAGAUAAUCGAUAAGAUCUCUUUGAAAUCUUACCAAACUGCUCUCAGAGGGGAUAAUACUGGGCUAAAUCACUAAGUUUAAAAACUUUUAUGCAUUCAAGGGAUCACCAUGUUAGGUUCUUAAGAUUAUAUAUUCCUUAAAGAUCAUUUUCAUUUAAAAUAAUUUUAUGUUCUUUAAAUGCUGUAUUCAGAUGAAGUUUGGAUUUUGAAUCAUGUUUGUAUUUGAUGUUGCCUUUUAAUAUUUUGAUCAUAUACUUGCCAUAUUUUCAGUGAACUAAACUAAAAAUCUUAAACCUCCUUAAGGAAAUUAUAAAUAAGCCACUUUCAGAAAUAGUUAUUGAAAUAUACUGAAUUUAUUAUAGUGUGUGAUGCCAAGUAGCAUGAUUACACUAGUUCAGAGAUGCUACAUUUUUUCAGAUGCAUUUACAUGAAAAAUCACAUAGAAAUGAGCAUUUAAAUUGUUGAAUCAGGGCUUAAAGUUGUUUUUCUUUUAAUUCAAUGCAAAUAAAUAAAUAAAGAAGUAUUAAACUUUAAUUGUAUAUACACUGUGUAAAAAUAUGUUAUUUAACUUACUGGUAUUUACUUGUGUUUUUGUUCUCCAGAGAAAAAGGCAUUAAGUUUAAUUCAAAUUUAGUCUUAUUAAAAGAAGCCAAUUGAAAUCCAUCAAAUUAAGUUUGUAUCAAUAGCAAGGUGAAUUGCUUCCAGAAUUUUGUUCUACUCACAAUUCAUCUAGAUCUAUUAAAAAAACCAAAAAGAAAAACAACUUAUUUUGUGUCUUCUGAAGGAAAAGGAGCUUGAAAAUUUUGUUUCACCAAUGUUAAAAGAUAAAUUCCAGAAAUUAAUGCCACUGUUUCUACUGAUAUUUUAAUUUUACUUCUAUAUAAAUUUUACAGGUUUUCUAUUUUUUUUUUGUAUCUUGCAUGUUGUAAUGGCAACAUUUAAAUAAAUGUUAAAAACAU